AUGCAGACCAUCAUCGUCCAACAUAGCGCCUAUCUGCGAACUCCACCAGCUGCCACACGGCUCAUCGACAAAGUUGCCGACUCACCAGGUGUGCAUGACAUGCCGCCAGCCAUCUUCAUGGACCAUACGCCUUCGUUCGAACAGGCACUGCCGGGUGCUUGGCUGCCAGCCACCGCGCCAGAUGAGCCGCUAGUAGGAGGCGUGGCCGGAGUUCCAGACGUGCUUGAAGAAGCAGCAGGUGCCGGAGCUGGGUUGCUGGGACUGGAGCCGCCUGCGGGAGGAGCGCUGUCGGUCGGUGGGGAGCUGUUGGUAGGAGGAGUGCUGCCAGUCGCGGGGCUUGAGCUGCCACCAGGAACGGAGUUGACGCCAGAGGGCAAAGGGGCUGAGCCCGAGGCGAAUGAGCCAGGAACGCCAGUUUGA